AUGGAUCCUUCUGAACAAGCCUUACUUGAAAAACAAACACUACUAUUCGGCAAUUACCAAGUAGGCAGCAACUCUCGCGGCGGAGCAGUCGAAGCAAUUCCCGAGUCGCCACUCUCAGCUACUCCUGGAUUUAAGAGCAAUGGACUUCUUUCGUUCAGUCAAACAUCCUCAGCUCUCCAACCAAUCAAAGAACUCGCCUCCUUCUCCCUACGAUCACCAAAAUGUCCCCAGUGUAAGGGCAAGCGCUUCGACUUCACAGCUUACUUCCACAACCCAAGGUUCUUCUCCUCUCCACCUCACGAGCUACUCUAUCUAGUUGAGAGAUCAUACGUUCUCAAGAACCGCCUCCAAAGCAUUCUCGUUACUUACAUUGUUCAUGAUCUCCGGAGUGAUCACAUGAUGCAAGAUGUUUGUGCUGAUAUUCAGGAUUGGGUUCUGCAGGUUGCCAAUCUGACGGCAGAAGUUAGAGGUUGUAUGGGCCGAGCAGAUGGUGUCGAGGGCGAAUUGGUGGCUGUGCAAGCUUGGACUGAGGAGAUGGCAAAUCGUAUGGCAGAGCAUCUUGAGCGCUUUAACGGCAAGAAGAUGGAAGUUCCAAAGGGCUGGAAGAAAGAAACUCUUUCUGAUUUCAGGAAGCAGUGGGAGAAGGUUUGGAUCACAUGUGCGAGCACUUGCACGAAUCAUUAGGUGGCUUUUCCACAGAAGUAUUAGAAUUGCCAGGAUAAGUUGGACAGAUAAGAGCAUUACCCUGCAGACUUGAUGUUACUUCUCUUCUUGGAUUUGCUGGUUGUUACGGUUCGGAG